UACUGUCAACGUUUGUUGUGGUGAAACCUCCAAGCUGUCACAUCAAGUGUCAGUCUGUCUCACUCGGCCCACUAUCAUGCCUUCCAGCCCCAUACUUUAACGUUACUCAUUGAAAUCCAUCAAUAAUUAAGUUUCUGUUUUGGGACUCUGUGAGUGCUGAAGAUGUUUCUUUAAACGGAGCUUGGUGGUCGUGCGGGCUGAAGAGAGGAUUAUCAUUUCCUGACAGAGAAUCUGACACUUAACGUUAACCGCCUGGCUGUUGGUUGGCGUGGUGUUUUUGUUCAACUGCGACAGACUUCACAUCAUAACGAGUCAUGUCUCGUAGGAGCUCUCGCCUGGUGUCUGGUGGCUACUAUAAUUCAGAUGAAGAAUCUGAUUCGAGUAGUGUGACAAACAUAUCCUACCGUGAAAACCCUGUCAAGGUUUUCAAGAAGAAGGCAGGGACCCGCAAGGCCGGCUCUCGUACCCCCAGUAGAGCCAAUAGCAAUGCUAUUUCUGCCAGUGCCAAGCCGCCCAUCACUGCAAGCCAGUAUGAUGGCUUGAGUCCUUCUCCCGCGAGCAGUCAGACCGAGCCAACCAUGAGGACCGUACCCUACAUUUCCACCAUGGCCACCCCUCGGCCUGCACUGACACCAUCAUCAGCCCGGAGUCAGACGCCCACCUGCUGCCCCUCAGUAUCUCCAGAGAAGAGCAGCAGCUCAAGCAGACCAGAAUCACACCUCAAGCCCAGUCUCAAGGAACAGAGCCAGAGCACUGUGGACAGCUCAGGGUACUCAUCCUCUGAGGGUACGCACAGGAAGCCCACAUCCGCCGCCACCAGCAGCGGCAGAAGGGAUCAGUGGGGCUCCCAGUUCUGGAUAUGGCAGCAGAAUCAGCAGUGCCUUCUUUAGUCUUAUGGACUCAAUCUCAUUGAUGGCCAUCGCAGUACAGUCAAAAAUAAUGCACCUGGCAUCUUUAGCUAAUACUUCAUUCAGCAGUCACACGAAGAAGGCUUGUGGUCUGCUUAUCCUUCUCCUCAUCAUACUUACAUGUAUUUGGUUCCUCCUUCCCUUACUGACCUCUCUCAUCUCCCACAUGAUGGUCACAAAACCCCUGUCUCAGACAAAACCCGAGAGUCAACCUGUUAUCCUUGCCAUUCCUUCACCUCAGCUCAACACCGUGCAUCCUACACCUGUGGUGGAUCCAGCCAUUGUGUCUGCUGUAGUAGAAGCAAAGAUGCAGCAUCUUAUGGAGGAGCUGCAACUGAAGCAGAACGAGCUACAGCUGAAACAAGAACGCUUUCUCUCCCAGAAUCCCUCCGUUGUGUCUGCUGCUGUAGAAGCAAAGAUGCAGCGUGUUAUGGAGGAGCUGCAGCUGAAGCAGAACGACCUACAGUUAAAACAGGAACGCCUUCUCUCCCAGGUGAAGGAGAGAUUUCAGCAAGACAUUCAGGAUAUGAAAGCCAAGCUUGAGGUUGUGGACUCGGACAGUCGGCUACGUUUGGAGCAGGAGCUUGCUCGGUUAGGCAUGCAGAUGGUGGAUUACCAGACGGACAGCCGCUCUGCUGCUGCCAGCCUCAGCCUCAGCCUCCAAGCUUUAGAGGCCCAGACCACCAAGCUGUCCCAGGAGUGGUCAUCUUUCAAGCUGAUGCCUCCUGCAGCCCCCUGUCCUGAUACCAGUGCCAACCCCAUCCACAACCGUCUCACCCCAGAGCUCCAGCAGGCCAUGGAGAAGUGGCUCACUGACCGCAUCAAGGAACAUGAUGCUGUCAGGCUCGGUGACAAAGGAAGCUGCUCAGACUGUGGACGUCCCAUGGCUGACAAAAUUGCCGACUUUGCACUAGAGACUCAAGGUGCCAGUGUGAUCAGUACAAGGUGUUCAGAGACAUAUCGCAUUCGUUCAGCAUGUGUGACCUUGUUUGGAUUCCCUCUGUGGUACCCAUCUGAAAGCCCACGCACUGUUAUUCAGGGCUACCCAGUGCUGCUCCCAGGGAAAUGUUGGGCAUUUCAUGGUGUCCAGGGGACUCUUGUGAUCUCUCUGUCUCACCCCAUCACGAUAACUCAUGUGACACUGGACCACCUGCCGCGCUACAACUCCCCCACUGGCCGUAUUGACUCUGCCCCCAAAGACUUUGAAGUCUAUGGAAUGAGAGAUGACACAGAAGAAGGAACACUGCUGGGGACAUUCACUUAUGAUGAAAAUGGAGAGCCAACACAGACGUUUAAGCUGCCUAACCCCAGUGACGUGGUGUAUAGAUUUGUGGAGCUGCGCGUCCUCACUAACUGGGGUCAUGUGGAAUAUACGUGUCUUUACCGCUUCCGUGUGCAUGGACAGAUUGCUUCCACAUGAGACAGCAGAUUCACUGACCACAACGUGGCGUCUCUUUACAACAUAUCGGAAAGUACAUUUGCAAAGUAUGCUAUUUAAAAAGUUAACUUAAGUUUGGUUGUCUGAGGUGCGUUCAGGGCCAAAUACUACUGAAAAAGUGUUUAGUGUUGGGUAAUGUCUGUCAGCUGGUUUUGCUUUGUUUUGGGUUGCUUUAUGUUGACAGAAAUCAUAGGAGGUUAUUUUUGUGCACAAUUUCAGGUGUACACAUUUAAUAAAUGUUGAGUGUUUCAAAAACCCAAAAAUCUACCUAGUAAAACCACUUCAGAGCAUAAAGUUCUGGAAACUUGAUGCUCUGUCAGAUAAGACUGCUAGAUAAUGUUAUAACUUUUGUUAUUAUGAAUUAUUUCUACGAUUUCAGGUUUUUCCUACUUCACACAAUCAUACCCUGGAGCUUCCCAGUAAAAUUACAUUUCUUUAUGUGUUACCACGACUGGGCCACUUAAGUGUUGAACUUCUUGCUCAAUGGUUCUCUGGCAAGUUAAGAAAAUACAGUGUUUUAAAUUAACUUUAUGGACCAAGAUUUCCCUGCAUGGUCCUGGUAUUUAAACUAGCAACAACUUGUUUACAAGCUUGCACCUCAAGGCUUUCUGCUAUAACACAUAAGUGAGACUUUAAUUAAGUUUU